UCUCUCCUUCAUUUCUUCAACAGAGAAAGAGAGAGAGAGAGAGAGUAAUGUGAUGGGAAGCAAUGGACUCUGCAACUUGUUCUCUUGCUUCAAACCAUCCAACCAAACCCCUAACCAACACCAACUCAUAUUCGCAGACGCAGAGCCAUUGGACGAAACCCUAGGUCACUCUUUCUGCUACGUUAGAUCCUCUGCUCGCUUUCUCUCUCCUACUCAUUCCGAUCGCUUUCUCUCUCCAUCUAACUCCCUCCGCUUCUCUCCCACUCACCGACCGGAUUUUCCCGAAACCGCAUUCAAGGCCAUUUCCGGAGCAUCCGUCAGUGCUAACAGUUCUGCUCCCAAAACCGUUCUCCAGUUAGAUAACGCUUACGAAGACGCUUCUGCUAGGGGUACUAUUGUAAAUGGCUUCAAAGCUACCUCGUCGUUUAGUGCUCUUCCGCUUCAGCCAGUGCCUCGAGGAGCUGAGCCCGAGAGGGAGCGGAGGGCUUUCUUCCUCUCUGGUCCAAUUGAAAGCGGCGCACUCUCCGGACCACUAGACGAUGUCGUCUCCGGUGACGGCGCCGGCGCCGGGGUGCCUUUUUCUGCUCCUCUCGGGGGUGGGAUGUAUGUGAAGAAGAAGCGGAAGAAGAGUAUUGCGGGGUUGCGGAAGGCGUUCCAGCGGAGUCUUUCGGAGAAGAAGCGGCCGUGGGUGGUGCCCGUGUUGAAUUUCGUCGGCCGUAAGGAGGUUCCGGCGAGUGAGGGGAAGGCGGAGGAGAAGAGCGAGAGUAAUGUGCAGUGGGCGCUGGGGAAGGCGGGGGAGGAUCGGGUGCAUGUGGUUGUAUCGGAAGAGCAGGGUUGGUUGUUCGUGGGGAUUUACGACGGUUUCAAUGGCCCCGACGCGCCGGAGUUUCUUAUGGGUCAUCUUUACCGUGCCGUUUACGGCGAGCUGCAGGGACUGUUUUGGGAAGUUGAAGAGGCGCAGGGAUCUAACCCUGCACCUGCUGCAGCGGAUAAUGAAGCUGAACCCAAAAAUGAAGGGGAGGUUGAAGAACAAGAGUUGAACUCUCUUGGAGGGUCCGCUAAGAAGGUGACAUUUCAAGCAGAGGGAACUGAGAGUAGGCGUAGAAGGUUGUGGGAGUUUCUUGCGGAGGAUGAUGCAGAAGACGGGCUUGAUCUCUCGGGAUCAGAUAGGUUUGCGUUUUCUGUGAAUGAUGCACUCAGCGCUAGCAAGGAUGGUUCUGCAGGUAGUAGACAGUGGCUGAUUUUGUCAAAGUUGAAGCAUGGAUUGUCGAAGCAUAAGGAGGGUCCUGGCAGAAAGUUGUUGCCUUGGAGCUUGGGCAUGGGCACGGAGGAGAAGGAGAAGGAGAAGGUUGAGGUGGAGAAUCGAGCAGAGCAGAAGGGUCGCGGUGGUGAUGGUGGUAGGAAGCGGAGAGUGGGUCCUGUGGAUCAUGAUUUGGUUUUGAAGGCAUUGUCCAGGGCGCUUGAGAUGACUGAACUGGCGUAUUUGGAUAUGGCGGAUAAGCUUAUUGAUACGAACCCGGAGCUUGCGUUGAUGGGGUCAUGUUUGUUGGUUGUGUUAAUGAGGGAUGAGGAUGUUUAUGUGAUGAACGUGGGAGAUAGCCGGGCCAUUGUGGCGCAUUAUGAGUGGGAAGAGGAGGUGAACUCGAGUAGCGAUGGAGAAUCAAGCGUGGAGGUCAUAGAUGAGGAUUCCUUGGCUCUGGGUGAGGGUCCUUCUCGAGUUCGGAGGUUGGUUGCAUUGCAGCUGUCCACUGACCACAGCACCAGCAUUGAAGAGGAAGUUAUUAGGAUUAAGAAUGAACAUCCUGAUGAUAGCCAAUGUAUCGUAAAUGAUAGAGUGAAAGGCCGUCUUAAGGUUACUAGAGCAUUUGGGGCUGGAUUUUUGAAACAGCCGAAGUGGAAUGAUGUGGUACUAGAAAUGUUUCGUAAUGAAUAUAUCGGCACUGCUCCAUAUGUAUCCUGCUGCCCUUCAUUACGUCACCAUAGAUUAUGCCAAAGAGAUCGGUUCUUGAUCCUCUCAUCUGAUGGGUUGUAUCAAUAUCUAAGCAAUCAAGAAGUGGUUUCUCAAGUUGAGAGUUUCAUGAAAAAGUUUCCAGAUGGAGAUCCUGCCCAGCAUUUAAUAGAGGAGUUGCUCCUACGUGCAGCCAAAAAGGCUGGAAUGGAUUUACAUGAAUUGCUGGAUAUCCCUCAAGGAGAUCGGAGGAAGUACCAUGAUGAUGUUACUGUUAUGGUGAUAUCACUUGAAGGAAGAAUUUGGAAAUCGUCAGGGAAGUAUCUGUGAGGCCUUGCUAACUCAUGUUUACUAUUCAGGUGAUCAUAUUAUUUCACCAAAGGGUGCCUCGAAGCCAAUGACAAAAUUUCACAGUUGAUCCAUUUUUCGUGGGUCAUCUUAGAUGAUCAUUCUGGUCUCUUACAACAUAAGCUUUUGAAUAGAAGAAUCUCACAUGUUAAUGGCAAGAGGCCACUGGUAGUGCUCUAUUCAGAAUUGGGAGAUGCAAAUGCAAUUUGAAAUGAACUUGAGAAUGGACACUGCUAAUGGAUUUUUGGGAAGUCUCUUUGGAAGACAAAACAAUGUAAAGCCGUUUUAAACUGUUCUCUUUUAGUUCCAGUAUCUGUCUAUCUCUGUUCCCAAAUAUUGUCCCAAUUUAUAGAGAUGAAAAAUGAUAGAAAUUUUGAGUAGCAGAGGUUCUUUCCAUUCUCUUUUUUGUUUUUGCUCCUUUUCUUUCUCUGGCUGGAGCCAAGAGAAUGUGGGUGUAUAUUGGUGGGGAUACAGAUGUACUGACUGAACUUAGAGCAGUCACUAGUCACAGAACAAAUGUAAUUGAGGGUGGAUUUCUACCAUUGCGGAUUAGCAUGAUUCUGAAUUAGAGAUCUCAAUCCGAUCAUUGCAU